AGCACGCAAAUUCCAAAGCAAAAAUCGUCUAAAAAAUGUUUUACAUAUUAAAUUUUUGCUAUAUAAUUGCUAUAGCAACUUUUUGUGCAGCCUUGCCUCAGAACGUAACUAAAUGUCAUUUUGGUGAUGAAAAAUGUCUAGUCGACAGCAUAAACUUUGUUAUAAAGCAUUAUCGCAAGGGUAUACCGGAGAUUGGAUUAGGACCAAUUGAUGUUGUCAAUAUUGCGGAUGCGCCUUUAAUAAAAUCAGUUCACGUGGGUGCCUUUUGGUUGGACGUUUCGCUUACGAAUCAAGCAAACUAUGGAUUUGAGAAUACCACAGUUACCAAAGUUCAGGGACUGGCUAAAGAUCCCACUUCACAAACGAUAACUAUAUCCGGACGCAUACCUAGCUUGGUGCACAGAGCUGAUUUCUCCGCCAGUUCACAUAUUUGGCUGGUGAAAAUGAACAUGACAGGUGAGGCGACAUCGGAGUUUCUCAACUUGAUGUUUACACUAAAGUUAAAAGUUAUACUGGACUUUCGUAAUAACAAACGUUAUCUGAGAAUCUAUGAGCUGACGCCAAGCGUCGAAAUCGAUCGUUGGAUUAUAUAUCUGGAUGGUUUGUUUCGAGAAAACAUGGAUAUGACUAUAACACUGAAUCGUGUAAUCAAUGAACGUUGGAUUGAAAUUUGGAACGAAUGGGAACCAAAGGUAUUGAAAAUAUUUGCUGGCGUCUUUUUGAGCAUGGUCAAGGAUAUAUUUGAUCGCAUAUCCUAUGAUGAUUUAUUCUUACCAGAUGACUAAGCUUAUAAAUUAUGAAAUUAUUUUAGCAAAUAGUUGGUCGCUCACACUCUGCGAAACCAACUAAAGCUCAUCAAAUUAAAUAAUGCCACAGUUGCUGCCCCCUUUAGGCAUUUAGCGAAA